CCCCCAGCGAGACGAGUAGAAAGUAGCAUAAACCGCCUGGUAAUAAUAUUAGGAAAUACUGGAGUACAGAGGCCAGUUUGCGACCCGGGGGGUGGGUAGGGGAGAUAUUGACGCAAGCCCCAAGAAACCCCCAUUUUUCACAGGAAAAGUAUUCGCUUUUUCGAGUAAGACGAGAACAGGUCAAUACAUAAUCUAUGGGGGCUUUUUUGGAUCGCGAGCUCUUAACAAGAGGUAAAAAGAAAACUACUGGCCUGAUUAAAAGCGAUAUUCUACAUAAUACCAACUACGUCUCCAGAUUUUAAAUGUUCAGCUUAAUGGGUCUAAUAAACGGCACAGCGGGCAUCCAGACCAAUGUAUCCUGUGCAUGUAAUUGCAAACGCUCUACUUCAUACCAAAGUAUGGCGAUCACCCAGCUGGAAUUUGUACAGAUCCUGGUGAUUGUGGUGGUAAUGAUGAUGAUGGUGGUGGUGAUCACAUGCCUGUUGAACCACUAUAGACUUUCAGCUCGAUCCCUCAUUUCACGAGAUGUACAGGCUCGCCAACGCCACAUUCCACUCACCUCAGAUGGGAGUUUGUGGUCAUCAGAUGCCUCAGGGUCAUCUACUGGAAUGAGUGCGCAGGCAUAUGCUCCUCGGCCACCAGGUCGAGUACCUCCUUAUAUACAGCGGGAACAUCUGAGCAGGUUCCAGUCUACCUACCCCUACCUUCCACAUGCCAUCAUUGACCUCCCCCCCAACAUUUCCCUCUCAGAUGGAGAAGAGCCUCCACCCUACCAAGGUGUCUGCUCCCUUCAGCUACGAGACCCAGAGCAGCAACUGGAGCUGAACAGAGAGUCAGUUCGAGCCCCUCCAAACCGCACUAUCUUUGAUAGUCCCUUCAUUGACACUUCGCUCUGCCCUCCAAGUGUAAAUGCUGGUGUAAGUGCUGCCAGCCUUGAGUGUGCUCCGCCAGCAUACAGCGAGGUGACUGGGCACUACUAUCACCCUUCAUCACUGCCCCACCACACAGAGACUCCAGCUGGAGCAGGUGUGGACUCACCUUCAUCUUUGAUACAGGGUAAUUUGCUGUCAGUAUUACCCCAUAUCAGCCAAAUCACUCGCAACAAGGAGAAGCAGAAAGCCCAGCAGGUCUGACCAUUUAAUAUGGCUAAGGUUAUCAUGUCUUAAUCUGCCCAGCCUGCACUGGUAUCUGCUUGUGGUGAGUAGCUUCAGUGUAAGCAUGGGCUAGGAUCAUCACUAGGCAACAUGCUAAUACAUUAGCUUCAGCAGCUUUGCGUCUGCUUUUGAACAAUUAGGAGAAUGUUGUCAGGGGGAAAUCGAAACAUAAAAUAUUCCCUUCUCUUACCCUCUCUAACUCUAGUUGUUUGGAGCCUUGAUGUUGAAAGAGAGAAUAGUUUAAAACUAUACAUCCAUAUUUACUUGUUAUAUAUUGUAUCAGUGCUCCCAAGAUUUUGCUUUAUAUAGAAAUUUUAAAGCAACUAAACAAAAAGCCACAAUGCUGCAUAGGUCUAAUUAUCUGACUUUUGAUUGAUUUAUGAUUCCUUUUACUUUUUUAGGUAUUCCUUUUGUUUUUUAUUUGGUUCUUUGUUUACGUAAGUUGUUUUUUUAACUAAGGGUUUGUCUUACCACUCCUACAAGAUGUCAUUUUCCAUGGUUUAUCUGAUAUUGGCUGUUUGUGAAUCAUUACAAAUUCAUAUCUUGACAACUGACAGGAUACCAAAAAUCAUGGAAAUUAAUUCCAAAAAGAUAGAAAUGUGAAACUUUUGCUCCAUAACUUAUUGAUGAGGCAUGGUUUUUGGUGAAUUUCCAUUAGGUUUUUGUUAUGAGGGAGCAAAUAUUGCAAUACGAGCAUGAAGGUAUUUUUUCUAAUAGAAGUGGCAACUAAGAAAAGUAGGUGUUCCACUUUUGUUAUAUCUGAAUUAAACUUUAAAGUUUAAUAGUUAAAGCAUAAUCAAUUGUGUUGCCAGCACAGUGUAUUUAAUAUUGUACUAUGCAUUUACAGUACUACAUUUGUAGCUAUGUUCUGUGCGUGUGAGUGCGUGCAUGUGUGCGCGCGCGUGUGUGUAUGUGUGUGCUGAAUAUGUACAACAUGUAUAUGAA